AUGGCUCGGACAUCACCAGGCCUGCCUGUGAACUAUCGAGACCAAGGCCUCACUCGUCCGACACUGCAACGCCGUGAGCACAAUGACAGUCAGCCCGUCUUCGCUCUAUUGCCCACAGAGGUCAUCCUGGACAUCCUCCUGGCCCUGGUCGCUCCCCCGGCCGACAUCUACGACGAAGACAAGGACUACCAACCCGCCCCGUGCCUAUCGCUCUCGCACACAUGCCGCCAGUUCCGACAGAUCCUGCUGUCGUCACCCAGCGCUUGGACCCUCAUACCCGUCAACUGUCACAUCGACUGGACCCGCGAAUGCCUGAGGCGUUCGCGCCCGGUGCCCUUCUCGCUCGUCAACGAGCGCGACUCUCACUGGAUGGACGACCCCGGCAAAGGGGAAGAUGCUAAGAUGUUGGCCCUUCGCGAGUUGCAUCGCAUUCGCGUCUUGUCACUUCCCGGGGAGGACCCAGCUAUCUGCCAUUCGCUCAUGCGUCGCGCUCCCGAGCUGGAGUUCCUAUCGAUCGGAUAUUUUAAUACAGCGGCGACUCUACCGCGAGAUCUGCUUGGCGCAGCCAAUAUACCGCUACCCAAACUCAGAUCUGUUGAGCUGGAAUGCCUUUCCAUCCAUCGUGACGCACAUCUUCUGCGCGCUACUACAUUGACAAAUCUCACCAUUGUCGUCUGCAAGUUAUGGGACAACACGGACGCCAUGAUCUCUGCGCUUUCAGUCCUGGAGAACCUCGAGCUGCUUCAUGUAGAGCACUCUAUCAUCACAAAGUCCUUCACCCACUCUCAGACGAACGCCCCCCGCUGCAUCAACUUACCGCGUCUGAGAUACCUGAUGCUCUUCAACGACUUCUACCAGAAUCUGUUCUUGCUCCACUACCUGCAAUUGCCUCAAUCGCUGCAUGCGCUCUCCCUCCGUAAUAAUGAAGCGCCCGCUGCACACGCACUUUACGACAGCACGCUUCAAGGUUUCCGUGCACUCGCCCUUCCCACUCUGGCACCGUAUAUGGACGAUCUUGUCAACGCCAAUCACGGCUCUCUCAAGCUCACGUUGAGCGUCAACUCAAGAUAUGUUGACAUCGCUGCUUCCUGGCCCAUCUCUGCAGAAGACAGCCAGCUGGAACGAUUCGUGGAGCCGGAUCCAGACUACCGUCAUCCUUGCCUGAGUGUGCAUGUUCCCCAUCAUGGACCUGGCAGGGUGAAGUUCACUCCGGAGGGUUGUCAGAUGCUGGAUGCGCUCGUACAGGAUCGGGCGUUUUACGCCUCUUCGCGGAUAUUAUCCGUCGACGGCGCCGCCGAAGUUCUGUCUGAUCCUCGCGCGUGGGCGGCCGCGUGCAAUCUCCCACUCGUGGAGAUACUCAGUCUCAAUCGCGAAUCCGCGCCGGGACUCGUCCUCGCAUUGUCAACGAGUUGUGACCGGAUGCCGCGAUUCCCGAAGCUGCGAGCUGUAUAUUUCACCGGCGUGAUUUUCGACAACACCGAACCGCCCAACGUCGACCCAGAAGAUUCUGCCUCGUUGGACUCAAGUGCUGAGGAGGAGUACACAGGAAGUGAUAACCCGCCGCCUCGCCCAGCCACCCUUGAUUCACUCUUCGAUAGGCUCAUGGUCGCGAUGGAACCAUGGUUCAAGCUUGAUACCUUCGAACGUGUGGUUAUUUGGAGAAGCACGAUCGCCGACGAGAUGAUUGAUUCUCUCCGAGCCAGAGUCGGUGCAGGUGCCGUGGAUUGGGAUGGUGUGCGUGACGGUGCUCGGCUCGAGGAAGACGAAGACGACGAAGAGGGGAAUUAUAUUUUGUAA